AUGGAUUACGUGGUAGGAAGCGUGGCAGCCUUAAUUACCGGUAACGUGACACCACAUCGUCCCACACGACUCAACAAAAUAGCACUAACGCCAACAAAACACCAACCUUCACCGAACGUUACUCCAAAGAGUGAGUUUGUCGACGAUAGAUCCAUAUUUCUUUCACCAAGUAUGCAGAAAAAGAAGGCUAUAGUCAAGAAGUCGCCGAAGAGGAUAUUUGAGAAUCCAGAUUUAGAUACAACCGAGAAUGGCGAAGGAAAUGCGAGUCUUUCCAGUCCUAAGGCAGACAAGGUGAAGAAACAUUUGAAAGAUGAUUUAGAAGCUGGUAGUGUACCAGUUCCGAAGUCACCUAAAGGUAAAGGUAAGAAAAGAGAAUCAACAGCCCAAGCGGAAAGUAAUGAAAAUGUAAUAGAUCAAGUUAAUAAUGAAAAUACACCUAAGAAAAAGAAGAAGAAAUUGGCCUUGGAAUCAGAUUCUACAGAGACUGCAACUCAACCAACAGAGAAUGUAACCAGUGAGGUCACAGCCCCUGUAGCCAAAAGCCCCAAAAAGAACAAACAGAGACGUAAAUCUAUUGCAGAACCGGACAGUAAUAAAGAAAAUGAUCACACUGAAGAAUUAAUUAAACCUGAAGCCACAAACAGCCCUAAGAAACAGAAUAAUAAAGCAAAUAAUAUAGAAGCAGAAGAAAAAGGUUCAGAAACAAUAGAAACAAAUAGUAAUAACACACCUAAAAAGAAAAAUAGGAAACGCAAGAAGAAAUCAAAGGCACAAAGUACAGCAGACAAUAAUGAGAACAAAGAAGUAGAGGAGACAGCUACUUCUGAAGGAACUUCAGAAGAAAAAGUCAAAGAAGUAGGUGAAAAUGAAUCUAAAAAAUCAAAAAAGAAAAAUAAGAAGAAAAAAACCAAAGCACAGGAGAAAGUAAAAGAAAAUUUGGAGAUAGAUAAAGAGAAACAAGAGGAAAGUGAGAAUGAAGAAGAAUCUAAUAACACAGUUAAUCCAAAUGCCAUAACAGACAAAGAUUCAGACUCAGAACAUGAUUCCGAUGAUGACAUUGAUUCGGAAAAUGAAGAAAUUAAUAAAAAGGUUCUUGAAGAUGAGAAACAAGAUAGCUCUGAUGAGGAAGAAGAUGAAGAAAAACCUCAGAAGGCAGAAAAGAAGAAAGUGGAGAAAGCAGAAGAUAGUGGAGUUGAGAGAAAUACAGAGGAUGAGAUUAAGAGGACACUGUUUGUUGGUAAUGUACCUUUCAGUGCGAAAUGUAAGAAGGAAGUCAAGAAAAUAUUUAAUAAACAUGGGCAGAUUGAAACUAUUAGAAUCCGUACAGUCCCCUUAAAAGAUGGCCGCUACACCCCCAAGCUGGCGCUGAUUAAACACGAGCUGCAUCCCGAGAGGACCACUGUUAAUGUCUACAUCAAGUACGCCAGUGAGGACUCUGUUGAGAAGGCAUUAGUAGAAAACAACACAGUACUAAAUGAGCACCACCUCCGAGUAUCCCGGAGCAGUAGCACGGGAGCUGAACAUGACCCCAAGUGUUCCAUCUUUAUUGGCAACCUGCCAUUUGCUAUGGAAGAUGAAGCUCUGAGGGCCAAGUUUGAGAAGUGCGGGGAGAUUCAUUCUGUCAGGAUAGUCAGGGACAAGAAGACUAAUGCGGGAAAAGGUUUCGGGUAUGUAAACUUCGAAUCAAAAGAUGGCGUAGAACUAGCUCUAGCGUUAACAGAAGAAGAUCUAACAGUUAAAAACAGAAUACUACGUGUCAAACGAUGCACACAGGUCACAAACAAGAAGAAACCGGAUCAAACUGGUAACAACCAGAAUAACCAACCACAGAGAGGGUUUAGAGGAAACCAGGGACAGCAAAGAGGGAAUUUUAGACCAGAUAACCAGAGAAAUGGUCCUCCCGGUCGCAAUAACCAAGGUUACAGACAGAACGGCCCUCCCAGUCGCAACAAUUUCCAGGGUAAUAGACAAAAUGGACCUCCAAGUCGUAACAACCAGGGUAAUAGACAGAGGAACGCGUUUAGAGGGAAUAAUAAUCAACAGGGAGGGUUCAAUAAGUUUGGUGGUCAAAGAAGUCAGGCGCAGGGGGAGGAGGGACACGAUGGAGCUCACAGGAGGAUCAUGAAUAAGAGGAAGAGCCAGGAUGGUGUAGGUGGCGAUGGCGAAGGGCCGCCCAAUAAGAGGCCACGAGACCAAAGUCAGCCCAACAAAGAAAAGAAACCCAGAAAGGAAUUCGUCGGUAUGACGGCUGAAAAGAAAAAGAAACGCAAGUUUGACAAAGGACAGAAGAAGAAGAAGGCUCUAAGCGAGAUAUUAACGAAAUAG